ACGACAACCUAAUUAACGAAGAUUGCUAGCAGCUAGCCAUGGCGGAGAGGGAGGGAGCGGUGGUGAAGAAGGGGCAUGAGGAGGGCCUGAAGCUGGCGGCGUCGCUGCUGGAGGAGUUCGGGCUGCCCCUGGGCCUGCUGCCGCUGGCGGACGUGAUCGAGGUCGGCUUCGUGCGGGCCACCGGCUACAUGUGGAUCGCGCAGCAGAAGAAGGUGGAGCACCGCUUCAAGAUAGUGAGCAAGCAGGUGAGCUAUGACGUGGAGAUCACCGGCUACGUCAAGCCCAAGUGCAUCAAGAAGCUCAAGGGCGUCAAGGCCAAGGAGCUCAUGCUGUGGCCGCCGGUCAACGAGAUCACCGUCGAUGACCCGCCCACCGGCAAGAUCGUCUUCAGGAGCCUCGCCGGCGUCACCAAGACCUUCCCCGUCGAGGCCUUCGCCGCGGGCCAGUAGGCGCGCCCGGGCCGCAGCAUUUCCGUAUUUAUACCGCGGCUUUGGCUUCGUUGAAGACUACUACUACUACCUGGCGCCGGGGUACUGGCUACUGAAGCGGCUGCAUUCGUUUAAUUUCGCGAGUUUGAUGUUCUCAAGGCUACGACCAAGCCUUGUACUAUCGUAUCGUUACAAGUGUGUCAGUGUCAGCGUUGUACUUUCAACCGUGCUUAUAAACG